AUGAAUGAGUGCUACACGCGGGGGAAGCUGCGCGGCUGGAAUCCACGGGGGAUAAGGCAGAACACAGGCGUGGGACAAGCAGGCCCCUCCAAGGGAUCCAGCGGGUCGGGAGCUCCCUUGUCCAUCUUGCCUGGGCGGGCUCGACGCUCAUUGGAUUUAGGAGGUGUCCACCAUCUCGUUUCUGCAAAUAGACUAAGAGCUGUUGGCCCGCCUCAGAAAGAAGCAGGAACACAGCAGAAUUCGUUGUUGCGAAAUGGUGAACCUGCGGUUGCAGUGCAGAGUGUUUCCAGAAAGAGCCGCCACAGAGGAGGGUGGACUAAAGAUGGCCCCCAGAACUUUCCCACCAAGGGCACUGGCCCUCAAGGAUUUUCUGCUCCUCACAUUAAAACUGCUCUUUCAAAACAAAUUGCCCGUCUUUCAGUCCCCUUAGAACCUCAAGACUGGAUGAAAUCUCCAAGAAGCCCAUCUUUAAAUACUUCAAGAGCUGCUUUUCCUGCCAUAAUCCAGAAGGCAUCUGCCGAUUUGAGAAGCUGCCACCACAGCUACUGGCCUCAGCACCACAUCAGACUUUUUCCCUACAGGAAAGGCCAACAAAAGUCCCGUGGCUGUAUCCACGGCUGUAAAGGCUUACCUUAUAUACCCUUGGACAGAGGGAGUGGCCCAAUGUACUCCACUUGCCACCAGGUGCUCCACUUUCCCCAGCUCUGCAACUUCUUGGGCUACCUCAACAAGUGGUUUUCUUAUUAGAGGCUGAAGGAGUGGCAUUAAGGUUCCAUACCAUUGAUUAAGGGCCAUGUGUAAAAUUGUUCCAUAUAACCCUCGAGUAAAAGUCACUUCAUCUGACCCCACAGACUCCUUCGCAUAAAUAGAUUGUUUAAAGCCUAAUCCCCUCAAUGUAUUCUGAAGCUCCUCUGUACUAUUCCACUGUAGUGGGGUGUGGGGCAAUUUCCCCUUCUGUGGCCACGCUAUUUUGCAUUGCCUCAUUAGCCACUGCAGAAGCUAAUGGAUUCCCGUGCUGGUUCCAAGUGAGUACAACUGCUGGCGUAGGGAGGGGUGGUUAGAAAUGGUAGCUAACUUACUCAUCUCCCUUCUGGUGAGCAGAGUGUUGUCUGCCCCACCAUCCUGUAGCUGUAACAACCAGUUCACCAGUGGCUCAUGAGGCUUCUGUCUAUACUGAUGCCCAAUAUCCCUUAGCUCUGCUGGAGAGAAGUCCCAUGAUGAGACAAGCACUGCUGGCUCACCAGAAACCAGUUAUGCUUCACCCUCCUCUCCCUCAAGAGGAUCUGCAGGCUGCUCUGAUUUAAACUUUGCAUUGGGCCAGAGGACGGAUGAGCUGAGGCUCUUCCUCCACCUCCCAGUCUGACUGGGACUCUUCCUCUGAAGAGAAAUCCAUGGGAUGCCACACCUUGGGGUUUCAGUUGGGUAAAGUUAAAAUGUGUCUAACCUGCACUUUAUGCAGCUUGCACCCUUUCACCUUGGCAUAACGGCAUGCAAGUGUGGCCAGAUUCUCAUCUACUCACUUUAAUCUGUCAUUUAAAGCAUUCUUUAACUCUGUUUGUGCCAGCCUCAUAUCUCUCUCCAGUUUUAGUUCAUCCUCCAGGCAGUGUACAGCCACCUUUGCUGCUAAAGCUUUCUCAGUAGUGGUGCCUACAAUCUCUAACAAUGGCCAGCCCACUGCAGCCACAAUCUGGUGGCCCUUUUUCUCUUUCUGAAUUCCCAAGGCUCCUGCAGCCUGAUGCAGGAUAUCUAUUAGUCCU